AUGGCAAGUAAUGCAAUUGUUACGCAAAAAAAUGGUAAAUUACCUUGGAAUGAACGGCUAAGCUAUGGUAUUAGUGAUUUUGCUUGUAGCUUUAGUUUUAAUUUAGUCGGCACCUAUUUAAUGUACUUUUACACUGACGUAUUCGGUAUUACAGCAAGUGCUGUCGGAACGUUAAUGUUAGUCGCACGUGUGAUUGAUGCUAUUGACGGCCCUAUUUGGGGAAUAUUAAUUGACCACACUCAUACUAAGUGGGGAAAGAGCAGACCUUUUUUCUUAUGGUUUAACGCUCCCUUUACCUUUUUCUCCAUACUCUGUUUCACAACUCCUGACUUGCCAAUGACUUGGAAAAUUGUCUGGGCUUAUGUCACUUAUAUUGGCGUGGAUGUCUUAUAUUCAGCGAUCAAUAUUCCAUUAACGUCAAUUUUGCCAAGCAUGACCACCGAUCCAGAUGAGCGUGUGUUGUUAUCGACAAUUCGAUCUCUAUUUUCCAAUUUUGGCGGUACAUUAAUUUCUGUUAUUGCUUUACCACUUGUCGCAUUAAUUGGCGGUAAAGAUGAAAGCAAAGGCUUUUUCUGGGUGGCCGUUUUAGGCGCCUCAGUCUUCUUUGUCUUAUAUCUGAUUGCAUUUUUCAACUUACGCGAACAUGUUCAAACGCGUUCAUCGCAGAAGCCUCUGCCUGUAAAGCAAUCAAUCAAAGCGUUGAAAAACAACUGGCCAUGGCUAAUUGUUGUCAUGGAAAUAUUUAUUUAUUGGAUUGGUAUGAGUGCUAAGGGUCAAGUGACAAUGUACUUCUUCAAGUACAACUUAGACGCACCUGGAUUAAUUCCUCUAGCUUUGUUCUUCAACGCUGCCGGUAUCGUGUCAGUCUUCCUUACCCCCUUAGUGGUAGGUAAAUUAGGCAAGAAAAAGACCAUGUUAGCAGGACUAAUGAUUGGAAUUGUAGGUCAAGCAAUUCUAGGACUUGGUGCACACAUGCUAAACAUCCCCAUUGUCAUUAUUGGUAUUAUUGUUGGUAAUUUCGGAAACGGGUUCGUUGGUGCACUACCAGCUGUCUUGUUAUCUGAUGCGGUGGAUUACGGUGAAUGGAAAAAUGGUGUUCGUGCCGAAGGAAUAGUCACUUCAGCAUCGAGCUUUACGGCAAAGUUUGGCAUGGGAUUAGGUGGUGCUAUAACAGGCUGGUUGCUAGCAUUAGGAAAUUAUGUCCCCAAUAAAACACAAAAAGCAUCAUCUUUGUUGAGUAUUGAAUUCAAUUAUGUUUGGAUUCCAUUGAUUGCGCUCUUUAUUGGAUUUGUACUUGUAUUAUUCUACAAUCUGACAACUGAUAAAGAAAAGAUAAUGAAUCAUGACUUAGCAAUCAAACACCAUCGUGAAGAACAAGAAGAUUUAGCAUUAGCACGUGAAUUGGAAAACUGA